CCAGUUGAUCCGAGGUAUCAACCUAAUUACUACGAUUCAGAUGGAUCACACAGUUUCGCGCGACAAUCAUUCGGGGACCGACGCCGGUCGCGCACUCCGCGGUCAGUUACGUUCGUUGACAGAUAUAUGUGUACAAACUAUCUUAUGACUUUGUGUUUGAUUUAGUUUUAUUAUAGUGUUAUUUACAAAAUAUGGAGCUCUUUGAUAUAUUUUUGCAAGCUGGAUUGACAACGUCGGUAUUGGUGGUGUAUCUGAUAUUCUUUAAGAAACGACAAGCUCAUAAUAAAUUAAAUUACACUCAGGCUGGAUGGAACUAUCCACUUAAACGGUGGCUAUCACGGUACUAUGCCGUGGGUCGCUGGAAGGCCCAGUGCGUGCUUGUGCCUACAAGUGAACUGCCUCGCGCUGACUUGCACGACGGAUGGGACUCUAUCGACGUGCGCGCCACCAGCACGGAUGGCGCUGCCGUGCUGCUGGGAAUACGCAAACUGUGCGGCAGGCGACCCACCGCAGAAGUGACGGUGUACGUCAAGUUAACAGAUGGAUCCAGUUAUAGAUUACCAAGACAUCCAGACACUAUAACAUGUCACUGGGAGGACACUGAAGGUGCUUGGAGCGCAGGUGGACUGAAGAUCCAGAUCCUGGAGCCUGAGACACGGCUGAGGAUUAUAUUCAACGGACUCUUGACUUCAGUCGAAGACGGCAUAACACAUCAUGUUAACUUUAAUUUUAUAUGGAGAUCUGCCACAAACGUAUUGCGACACCCUGAGGACUGGAGCACUGAACUUGCAGCGGAAUGUUUGGCCCAGGAGCAGUGGCGAGAUAGCAAAUGGCCAUAUUUAUUAGGAACGUGGGAGGAGGGCGGUUGGAUGCAAGAUGGUGUUGUACAAGGCCGCUUUCAAUCCUUCGAUCAGCAAGGCAUCCUGCAGAAGGACGAGUAUCUCCGCCUGCGGGGAGUCAGAGAGAGAAGUUGGGCGCCCAACGGGUACGAAGGUCGGAGGCGAUCUGUCACUGUCACGGCGUCAUCUAUGGAUGGUACUUUGGUGCAUCUUCGUGGACUUUCGUAUAGAAAUAUCUUGACACAAUGCAUAUCAGGACACGUCAGAUACCCAAAUUACAAAGUGGAGAGUAUAAUCGACACAGACUUUGUACUGCAAGACUUUGCUGAGACUAUCGCCGGGAUACCGAAGGUUUACACGAUAAAUGUGAGCACUAAAUGGCGCACCAUUUGCAUGGUGCUUCGCAUUAACUUCGAUGGCGGUAAACUGCUAAGCGGAGUCCCGUACCAGCAAGAGCUGGAGUAUCGUACUUUGGUGGUCAGUAUUGACGAGUCGCCCGGCUCUGGCAUACUUGAACUUGGCUAUGAACCUUCAGUAAUAACGGAGCCCGCAGUGCGUGUGUCCCCGCCGCGCGCCCUCAGGUGGCUCAGCGCGAGCGAUGCUGGCUCGGUGGGUUACUGCCUACCAUUCGAGGCGCGUGCAGCCGCCUGUCCCGACUAUGUCGGCGGCAAGGGUGCUUCGCUGGCGUUACUUGCUUCUGUGCAGGAUGUUGAGGGCUACAAAGUGCCACCAGGAUUUUGUUUGACUGUACGAGCUUUGGAGAAACAGCUCGAAGCUAAUCCGGCACUACUGGCGGCUAUUCGAGAGAUCGAGGCCGCUAAUGAAGACUACGACGAAACAAAUUUUAAAGAUAAAUGCUCGAAGGCCGUCGAACUAUUUGUCAAAACUGAAAUAAUAGAAGACGUAAGAAACGAAAUACUCGUUCACCUUAAAGAGCUGAGAAAUGCGGCUACGCAACAAAAUUUGGAACAACGAUUUGCAGUCAGAUCUUCAGCGGUGGGUGAAGACAGCGAGACGCUGUCGGCGGCCGGCCAGAACGAGACGAUCUUGGGUUGCGUGAGCGAUGAGCAGGUAGUGCGUGCGGUGCAGCAGUGCUGGGCCUCUAUGUUCGCCUUUACCAGUGCCUACUACCGCAGGCAGAACGGGCAGCAGUGCGUGUGCGGCGGCGGCGUGGUGGUGCAGGCGCUGGUAGUGGCGCGCGCUGCCGGCGUCAUGUUCACGCGCCACCCUGACCGCGGCGACGCCUCGCGUCUCCUCAUCACCGCCAACUACGGUCUCGGCGAGACGGUUGUAUCGGGAUCAGUAGAACCAGAUACGAUAAUAGUGAAACGAGGUCAAGAAGAUGAUCUUACAAUCAUGAAAAUUGAUUUGGGAUCGAAGACUCAGCGAGUGACAACCGCCAGUGAUGGGGUCACCACUGAGGAUGUACCAGAAACAGAACGUGGGGUGGCGUGUAUAUCUGAAACUGAGGCGUUAAAGUUGGCCCAGGUUGGCGUGGCCCAAGAGCAGCUGUGGGGAGCAGGCAGGGAUAUCGAGUGGGCUAUUACCAAGAAUGGUUUGUAUCUACUACAAGCGCGGCCCAUCACGUCCCUGGAGCGCUGGACGGAGGAGGAACUGUUGCACGAACUAGACUCACCGAUCAUGUCUGAUGAAGAUCUCAUCACUUUCGCCAACACUGGUGAGGUAUUUCCAAAGCCAGUGAGUCCGUUGAAUGUCGACCUCGUCGUCAAUCCUCUAACAAGUAGUAUGAACACUAUGGUCAGUAAUAACAUGGAACCAUACGAAGACAGCAUAAUAAUUACUCAUAAUAGGGUUACAAUAUCAUUGUACAACUCAGCAUAUAGGAGAGCGCCUAAAGAAAUCGAUAUGAACAUACGUAUGCUCGAGAUGGCUCUUCAUGGAAGGAAAGUUGCCGACCAGAACAUUUUAGAUGUGGCAUUACGACGUCGACCGCCGCAUUGGACCGACAUCAUUGAAGUAGUGAAAGGCCUUUUAACGUGUCUAAUUUCUUCUAAGUGGAAUAUGGAGGAUAGCGUUAAAACAGCAAAUGAAAUGAAUAUAAAAAUGAACAGCAAUGAACCUCUGGAAAUGUUCGAGACUUUGAUAAAGGAAUUGGACACAAUGAAGCGUCUUUCCAGCAAUCACAGUUUCACCAGUGCUGCUAGCACCUCUAGUCAAUUCAUUGCGAUGUCUGUAUUGUUAGAAGGCGCUUCUGAUUUUACAACUGAACAAUGCAAUGAAAUAAAUACAUUGCUUAGCUCUGGAGACGUAUUAUCUGCCGAAGUGCCAUUAGGUCUAGCGAAAUUGGCACGCCAACUGGAGGAGUCAGGAAAACGUGACCAAUUUAAGGCACAGGACCCCAAGAAAGCUCUAGAUUGGCUGAUGAUCAAUUUACCCAAUAUACAUGUGAAUGUGUUAGAUUUCUUGAAAGAACACGGUCAUAGAGCUAUUAUGGAGUUUGAUAUGGUAACCAAACCAUGGGCCUUGGUUCCUGAAGAGCUAAUGAAAAUUCUUCAAAACUUAAGAGCGACCGAAAAAAAUCAGGAAAGGAAAACUGAUUCUGAAAUAAUCGCAGCGCUGAGUACUCCAAAAAAAUCAAUUACUAGGUAUAUACUGUCUUGGGUACUACCACUAUGUCGCCGAACAGUGCGUCACAGAGAGGGCACAAAGGCACAUCUAAUCCUUGGCAUCCACAAAUUGCGUUUAGCGGCUAUCGAACUCGGCAAGGAGUUGGUGCGCCGUUGGUACUUGCCGCACCAUGAUCUUGUAUUCUUCUUCCGAGUGAAAGAGUUGGCUGACUACAUUACUAGUAGAGAUCCAGCGUUACUAAGGAAAGCAAUACAACGCCAACAGUAUUAUCCAAAAUGGUGUAAGCUUAAAUAUGCGGAAAUGAACACAGGAUGGGUUCAGCCUUUACCGGUGACUUCUCCAGCAGUGACAGCUGGAGACGUAAAGCUGGAAGCUACAUCGGUCUGUGGGGGAGAGGUUAUAGCUAGGGCUUGCGUUGUUAAAGAUAUUUCUGAGAUUCAUCAGCUGCAACAAGGUGACGUAUUGAUAACGCAUGCCACAGACAUCGGCUGGUCGCCUUACUUCCCGCUCGUGACAGGGAUCGUCACAGAGCUCGGUGGUCUCGUAUCACACGGUGCAGUUAUAGCACGCGAGUACGGUUUACCCUGUAUUGUAGCAGCUAUGGAUGCUACAGAUAUUUUCAAAACAGGAGACAUCGUUAGACUUUCCGGCACCAAGGGUUUAAUAGAAAAAGUGCAAAUAGCAGAUCAAUGUGACGAAAGUCAAAGUUGAUAAACCAUGUAUAGAUUGGAUUUAAAUUAUUUUAGAACGUGAUGAUGGGAUGUUAAUGUUAUUGUGAACCUUAUUGUGAACAUAUAUGUUGUCUAAAUAAAUAAAUAUUAUUAUUAUUAUUAUAAUAGAAAUGUCGCUGUGAAUGUUUUAAACAAAAUGUAUUUUAAUUUUAUCUAAUAAUAAAAGAUUUUUUAAAGUAA